AUGACCAUCAUCACCGACCUUACCCAACUCAUAACUAAACCCGUCAUCACCGACCUCAUCAAAGGGGCCAAGUUCUCGCAUGGCGUCCUGCUCACCCGUAUCUACAUAGUCCUCUCAUAUAAAAUUAACAAAUCCAUGUCCUCAUGCAAGUCUCGCAUGUCCAAUGCCGACAUUGCGCUUAUGGAGAAGGAUUUUGAAAAGAUCGAGCAGAUGAUCAGUACUACUAAGAUUGAUGAGGUAAGUCCUUGGCGGGAGCUAUGCACAUGA